AUGCAGAUGCUGCGCCUGCGCCGAAUGCUGCGUGCGAGCAGACAGUCGACAAUGUGGCUGGAUCACUGAUCUAUAAAGAAUACUAUAAAGUUAUUCUUUACAGAUCAGUGGACUGGAUGCUAUCAGCAGGAGCAUCAACACAAUAGAAUGGCUGAUGAGACGUCGGAUGAAAGACCGGUCUAUCGAGACCCUCCUAAUUGGAUUUUGCAGCACCCUAAGUAUGUCGACCUCAUACGAUUAGACGUGGGCGAUAGUGCUCAGGUACACUCUGCAUUCCUUGUCUACAUGGAUCUCACAGAAGUGCGUCAUUGGAAGUGUGUGUCCAGCUUCACCUGUCCUAGGCUGGAAGCAGUCCUCCUACAAGGCUAUGAGAAAGAAGGGGAUGUAGCGCAAGUUGUGCUUCCGCUGCCUGCUCACAGAAAGCUUAGUCACCGAGAGGUGCGGUGGGUUUUGAGCAGAGGUGCUUCCAUGCUGCUGUGUGCAGUAGCAUCGGACUCCACACUCGUGUACCAGAGGUUUAGCAAAGGCCUCGUUACCCCUGACCCCCCUGUUGACAUCCAAGAUCAGGGUCGUCGACAGCACCGCAAGCGUAGGAUACCUCCCUGAGUCUCAACAGAAGCCAUAUAAUUAAUAGGACCUCACCUUGCUUCAGCUGCUCCAGAGACGAGACAUGGGAAUGGGAAUUAAAUAGGGUUGUUCCAGAGUGCCUGGUAUGGACAUAAACAUAUGCCAGUUGGGAGAACUGCCUCCGGUGAGUUGGAGCCAGUGGCAGGAGUAUCACACGGGCUUCUUCUGUUCCUACAUUUCAAAAUUAAAUGACAUUCUUCUGUUCCUACAUUUCAUAGUUAAAAAAUGACAUUACAUUUCUUCCUAAAUACAUGCCUCCUGGGAAAGUUUUGUUUUUCCUCUACAUUUGAGUUGUUAGGAAGUUUAUUUUUUAAUUUGUGGAAGCUAUAGGCUGAUUGGUGUAAUCCACUUCCUGCUAAUUAUACUGAGCUAGGCCAUGGCAACAGGUUAUUGCACACACACAGAACGAGAAGGGUGUGUAUCCUUUUAUCCAACUCAUGAGCUAGUUUUCCAGGAAGGUGACUCAUUUUAUUACUAAAGACAUUACAAAUUGUUUUUGUGUUCUAUGUAAACCCAAGAUUUGAACAGAUGAUAUCCAUUAAAACACAGGCGCAAAAAUA